CCCAGGCUUACGCAUCCCUCCAAGGCUCUUGGGCUCCCGGUCCAGGUCCCACGCCUGGUCCAGUUCCCCAAACUGGGAGACCGGUCGGAGUACGCCGAGGGGAGGAGCUUAGGUGGGCCGAGCCUGCUUGUCUGAGAAGGAGGCUUUCCUUCUGAGUGACCCUGGCUGAGUCGGCCCCGGACGGAAAAGCCUGGGAGCCGGGGGAGAAGAAGGGUGUGUGGCUGGAAGGAAGCCGGGGCAGCUCUGCCAGCUAAUGGGAGGAAAGGGUGGAUCUAGUAGCCGGAGAGAGUUUUCAGGUGCAAACAUGGAGCGGAGAAUGUCGUUCUUAUUUACCUCUACGUUAACCCUGUCAGAAGAGUUUGGGGUCCCACUGUUGCCUGAAGUUGGGGAGAAAGUGUGUGCCCUGUUGGGUGUCUGACCUGAUGGCUGCGAAGUCUUGGGAAGUGACAGCCUGUGUGGGGUGUGGCCUCCACCUUUGCGUGAAUGUGUAUUUAUUUACAGUCUCCUCCGUGCUGCUUUCCUCUCCCCGGGGUGUCAUGGCUAGCUGAAGUUGACCUUGUGGAUUGUGCAUAGGGCUGUCCCCUCAAACACUUACCACACCGAGCUCCGAGGCUGUUUGUAGGUACCAGCUGUUUUCAUUUGGGGGUGGGACUUUAUGGCCUAUGAAAAUUCCAGGUCCCAGAAAGGUGUUUAAGCUUUGGAGUCACUGUGCUUCUGUGGACGCAAAGUUUGAAGUUCUUUUCCAAUAAUGUCAGUAUCUGAAGGAGGAGAGGCCUAAGUUCAUGUCUCUUGGCACUGGAGUUUGCAGGCAAGGUUGAGCAAGGGUCGGUGUCUUGCCUGAGUCUGAUGUUCAGAUUGUCCAGUUGUUAGCCCGAGUGGGUGGCCCCCAGUCCCAUGGUGCCUUGUGAUUAUCCAUAGCUGUCAGUAUUAGGAGGAGGGCGGAGUUGGGGAGGGGGGAGCUGGUCUUGACCGACUUCUCUGAGCUUCUUCCUCAGGCUCUGCAAAGCGCUCUCUGAACUACCCCCCAGCACAGCUGUCCCCCAAAACUGUCUUCCUAAUCACUGUGAGCCUAGGAUGGCAGAAGCCAGGCAGGCAGCUGGAAGCACUGACUUUGCUGAGGCUUGCUGCUCCUCCUUAAGCAUACAUAUGAGUAUCCUUAAGCAUACAUAUGAGUAUACCAUGCACGUUUGUGCGCGCGCGCGCGCGCACACACACACACACACACCUUUGAUCGGGAGGCAGUUGGCUGUACUUGUGCUGAGUUCAGGCCUUCAGUAGAGGGUGAAAUCUGUUGAGGAGGCACUUUUCAGCUCCCAGCCACCACACUCUGCACUUUUCUGUGCAAUCGCAGGAAGUUGCCGCCGUUUUGAGCUGUGAGGGGAGCUCCUGGUAGGGCUGUCUUUCCCACCUCUGCUUGCGCUCCUGGUGCGGGUCUGGGGCCAGCCUGUAAGAAAGGCUGAUGCCCUUCAGACCUCCAUUUCUGGCUUCCCUCUUUCUCUUUGAUCUGACAGGACUCUUGCCUUUGAAAAUGCUCUUAAUCUGGUCCUCUGCAUAAUAUUCGCAUGUAGCCACACCUCCUGUGCAAGACCAGGAGUGGUAGGGCCUCUGCCUUCCUAGCUCACACGCUGGUUCUCUUGAGAAGGGUAAGGCGCACUCCACCCCGUACCCCCAGCACAUUGUUGCCCGAGGUGCUUACAGCCUCCUCUGAAAGAGACUGCAGCCACCUCACCUGCAGUCCCUUCCCACUUCCCUGCUUCCAACCUGGAAAGGGGAGGAGGUAGCUGUACCCGUGGGACUGAUAGGUGCUGGACUAAGCGGGGAUUCCCAGCCUGGGUGUACACAACUGUUCUUGGCAAGGCUUUAGAAAGCUGAGCACGAGAUUGAGAGCCAGAGGGGUGGCUGACUGUAGGAGGUAACUGUUUUGCUUUUAUUCCCUGGCCCUUUGGUCACUGACCCUAGGCAGAGAGCCAGAGACUAGCCGGUGACCCAAAGGGGCUAACUUUUGCCUGCUUCCAGCCAGCAGUGCCCUCCCCUCUGCUCAUUGUGGGGCCCUUGUGAAACGCACAGUGUCGGGUGGGGCAGGAGCACAGGAUGCUGCAACCAAGCCACAGGAUGGUUACUCCAUCUGUAGAGGAGGUGGACAGGGAGGACUGGAGGGCCUGGGCUCAGCUCCUCCCAGCUGGACUGACUGCUGCCUGGAAGGUGAGAGGGUUCCCAGUCAGCACAGUUAGAGCAAACCUGGUUGGUCCUCUGCCAAAAGGAGGCAGGAAGCAGCCUCCUAAGUCCUAGAGGGAGAAAGGGCUUUCUUUUGUCCUCAGGGUCAGCUUAGGGAAGCAUGUGUGGGAAGUAGGGCCCUGGAGUACAGGUUCCCGGACUGACCCUUGCCUGCUCUUGGUCCCAGUAGUGGGUCUCCUGGGGGGACUGUCGGCUGGCCUCAAGAACGGGAGAACCGCUCAGGAAGAGAGGGAGGCGAUGUGCUGAGUCAGCGUGACUCGCCAGGAACAGCGCGCUCUGGGGCAGCACUGGGGUUAUUUUUAAAGCUCAGCUUCCUUCUAGGCUUGCCCCUCCUGCAGCCCAGACCUUCUAAUCUCGCUCUGCUCCUUUUGUCUUUUGCUUUCACACCGCGGGUUCUUCCCUGGAGUGCCUGCUCAUUGUGCCCCCGGGUUAUGACGACCCCCAAUAAAGGAAACAAGGCCUUAAAGGUGAAGCGGGAGCCAGGAGAGAAUGGCACCAGCCUGACCGACGAGGAGCUGGUGACCAUGUCGGUGCGAGAGUUAAACCAGCACCUGCGAGGCCUAUCCAAGGAGGAGAUCAUCCAGCUGAAGCAGCGCCGGCGCACACUCAAGAACCGCGGCUACGCGGCUAGCUGCCGAGUGAAGCGGGUGACGCAGAAGGAGGAGCUGGAGAAGCAGAAGGCGGAGCUGCAGCAGGAGGUGGAGAAGCUGGCCUCUGAAAACGCCAGCAUGAAGCUGGAGCUUGACGCGCUGCGCUCCAAGUAUGAGGCCCUGCAGAACUUUGCCAGGACCGUGGCCCGCAGCCCAGUGGCCCCAGCUCGGGGUCCCCUCGCUGCUGGCCUGGGGCCCUUGGUCCCUGGCAAGGUGGCUGCCACCAGCGUCAUCACGAUAGUAAAGUCCAAGACAGAUGCUCGGUCAUAGGGACACGCGCAGCUGCCAGGCAGGUCUUUAAGGGGCCACUAAGUGCGCGGCAAAGUUGGCAGCCCUGUCCCUCUUCCUUUCCUUUUCCUGUCUCUUCUCUCCCUUGCCCUUUUCCUUCCCUGCAAAGCACAACCUGCACCCAGGGGCGUUGGGCUGAGCCCCCUUGAUAUCAUCCUUGUCGUCACGCGUGUGUUUUGUACGUUGGGAUUGGUCAGUUCAACAGUGAUGUUGGGUUGCCCCUAACCCCUUUGUACCAAGGCCAUGCAGGCUAGGAGUCCAGAGUGGGCACUGUGGAAAUGGACAAGAGUACAAGUGGGCAAGUGUACUGGGCUUAGGUCUGCCCUUCCUCUCUGGUGGCCUGCAGUGGGACUUUAGAGCUCUCUCUUCAGAUUCCAGUGGGCCUCUCAGCUUGAUCCAGAAAGGGAGAGAUGGCUCUGUCCUGAAAAGUGGUUAUGUCUUGAAGGCCCUGGAUGAGUAGGGGCCACCGGCCCUGGCACUGGGGCAGGAACCAUGGUGCUGGAGCCUGGCACAGUGCACUGGAUAAGACCAAAUCGCCGGUUAUAAGUGUGGGUGGCCGGUGUGUCAGUGUGUCCUGCGGUGGGUCCGGUGUCGCUGUUUACAUGACCUGUGUGUGGUUAUAUAGCCCUUUAUUUAAAAGAGAAGUUCCUUUUAUGAAGUUAUUAAAUUAUAUGUUUAAGAGCUAAAAAGAAAAAAAAGAAGAGCUGCAGAGUAUUUAUAAAAUUGUCUUAAAAACAACAACAAAAAAAAAGAAACACAUUUGACCGUAUAAAUGGAAAAGGGAAGAAAGUAUAGUAGAAACUUUGCUAGUUAAAAAAAAAAAUCCCUUUCUUGUAAACUUGGGGACAGCUCUGUGGCUGUUGGAGUUUAGUUUUUAUACACAGAGUUAUGAGACAUUACUUAUAAAACUUAGUUUAAAAAAAGAAAAAGAAAAAAAAAAAAUAAGCCAAGCUGCGAGCCGACCGGAGGCCGUCCUCUUUGAUAUCUCUUUUGCAAUUGUACCGAAAGUGACUUACUCCUUUGCCCUUCCUGCUUCCGUCUUGCCGGUGCCGUGGUGUUGUCCGUGCCUGGUGAGGUUUUGUGCAGCCGUAGAGUGCUGGUGCUUCUGGUGACCUUUGACCUGUGGCUGUCUCUGUGGGUCUUUUUCUCGUGUGUGUGUUUGUUCGGGUUUUUUUUGUUGUUGUUGUUCUUUUUUUUUUGGUCGUUGUAGUGGUUUUGCUUCUGCUGGCUUGCUGGACCUGGGUUGGGCUGGGGUCCCAGGCAGAGCUUACUCCACUGGAGUGUGGGAGACUGCCUGCCGGCUCACAUUCUGCACUUGUCCAUUCCUCUGCCACAGGGUCCCUCUGAGCCUUGGCUUCGCAUGUGGGUCUAGGGCUUGGGUUGGCGGAGUGGCAGAGGCAGUGAAAUUGGGAGCCGUGUUGGGCCCCCAUGCUGCUUCCACAUCCACCACCUCUGGUCCUGGAUGGUGGCAUUGCAGGGACCAAGGAGUCACUGUGGGUGCCCACGGGGCUGCAUCCUACCUGUCCCUGGCUGUCUUCCUCCUGGCCUCAGCUUUGUUCCUCUAGGCUUCAAUUGGGGCCUCGGCUAGGCCACCCCAGAGGGCCUACCUUGUGGGUUGGGAAUCCUAUCACCCACCUAUCCCUAAAAUCCCAUUCUGUGGGAUGUUGUUUCCCGGGCAGAUUGGUCAGGGGCCCUGCUUGGGGGCCACCUAUUCUUCCCUGCCUCACUGUGAGAGCCUGGAGGCCUCCACAAUUGCCAGACAAGGGCUUUGGCUUCAGGGCCGGGUCUGUUUCUUCCCCAUUGUCUGCAGCUCUUGGCUCUGGGCCCUUCUUAUGCCUCCCUUCAGGAUCUGUGUCUUCCAGGGAUCCGCUGUUCGGCUUGGAGGUGCUUCUCCGCAGGGUCCAAGCCUGCCUCCUCACCCCAGCUAUCCAGGGGAGGCAGCCCACCUUCCAGGCUUGGCUCAGGAAGCUCCUCGCAGGCGGGUGCCCACCUGGUCACAUGGCCCUUGUCCUCUUGCUGGCGUUGCUGGUGUCUUCUCUGGGGGCCUGGAUCCCUGGCAAGCACAGAAGUGUGAGCUGGUGAAAGGAAAGACUGGCCUGAUAGGCCUUUACCUCGUGGGCAGUGGAUUUUCACUCAGUUUAACCCAGCAUGCAGUGCUCUGGGAGCAGGACCUCUGCCAGCCCUGGCAUUGUGGUGGGCUUCUUUGGCUCAAGGUGCUCAGACAUUCCCGCUGAUGCCGGGGUCAGAUGUGAGUGGGAGUCCCGACUGUCAGUUAUGCGUUACCAGGUGACCUCACCCCCUCCCUUGGGCUCUCUAACUGGUGCCCAGAUGAGUUGCUGAUCCUGACCGUGGCAGCAGAGCUGGGUGGAUUAUGCCCAUGCCUAGCAGAGGAGAGGGGCGGGCUUUCCAAGUUCUCUGGUCCUGGCUGAGUGGUAGCAAACAGUUGAGCGUGGCCGUCCAUGUGGGGAGAGGAGGCUGAGGCCGUGCGUGUGUUGAACAGAAGCAGCAGAUGGUAGGUAGCUUCUGCACUGGGUAGGGCCGUGCUCAUGGCCUUCAGAUCUGCAGCCUCUGUGCCCCGAGUCGGGAACAUUCCCUGCUGAGCCACUCUCUUCCCUUCUUGGUUUCGCGACAGUAGAUCUGUGUCCAGGCGUGACUCCUGGCUGUCUCUCUGAUCAUUGUUUAUCCUGUUUUCCUACUGUGAGGGUGUUGUGUUUGACUUUCUGACACAGCUACGGAGAGCUUUGGCUGAGGCUCUCCCAGAUUACUCCGCUAAGUAAACUGUUAUUGUGCGACUUCCCUCCUCCCUUGAUUCUGCCUGACCUCCUUCCUUGGACAUGGACACUCAGAUUUCACAGAAAAACCCACAUGGGGUGGAUCAGUUUCCUCUAGAGUAUGGUCCCGGAGAGUCCUCCCCCUCCACUGUGUCUGGCUGCUAACCUGGGUGUUUUUACCGUUAGCGUAGGACCUCCAUGGCAACCCUGAGUUAUUCUGGGUUCUCUGUCUUCACCAGGCGUUCCUGCAGGUUCUCCUCAGUCCACCAUCUUGGUCUGUGUGUGCUAGCAGCAGCCUUGGUGUUUGGUGCCAGGGUGUGCAGCUUUGAUAAGCUACAACCCACUUGGAGAUGGUGAGGCCACUUCCCUGCUACCUCCCUCUGUGGUGUGGCCACUUGGCCAAAGCUCCCAUCCACAGCUGGGAUGUCUGAGCCACAGCCUGCUGCACUGUUUCCGCUCUGGGAUCUUCUGAGUUACUUUUUUAGGCUGUGGUUUGGUGAAAGGAACCAACACAUUAACGAUUUUUUUUUCCCCAAAAGCCACUGAAUAAUUCCUCUUGGCAUGUUUUCAUGUCCCCAUUGGCUGCCUGGUUUGGGAGCCCUUGUGGAGAAGAGGACAGAAUCGGUACCACACAGAGGCGUGGAACUGUGAGAGCGGCGUGUGCCUGUUUCUGGCAUGUGUCCUGGGUGUGUGCUAUACCUGCUGGGCCUGCUGCACUCGAUUCUGUGCCUGGAGUGGCAGCAUUAACAGCAUGGGUGUCUCUGGAAGUUUGAAGUGGACUGUCCUAGGAAGUGUCCCUGACAGAAUUCCCUGUUCUCUACGACCCCAGUAGGGUUUUCAGCCCCUCCAGCAACUCUAUGCCCCAGUCAGUCCUAUCUUUCUCCCAUCCUCUCUGUCUGCUAGUCCUUGAAGCCUUUAACCAAAUGGGAGUGGGUACAGAAAGCCUUCUCCUGGCAACUUAGGGCAACAGGACAAGGGCUAUUGUGUGUCCAGCUCUGUUGGUCUCCUGGUGCUGAGAGAUGUGUCCAAGCAGAGUUGAUCAGCCCCUGCCUGCCCUGCAGGGCUGAAGCCAGGGGGAGGUUAGCAGAGAGUACCCUAAAUGGGGUGGGAGUCCUAGGAUGUAAGUGAGGAGGGUCUGGGGUAUGGCUGCAAGGUGAGACCCGGUCUCCUGCACCUGGGUAGGGUCAUCAGGGAUCUGGCUGCGAGGUGAGGCCUGGGUGUUCGCACCAGUGCAGGGCGAUCAGCCGUCUGGCCUCAGCAGACAGCAGCCUUGGUGCCCACCCGUGCCCUGCGCAGUAUUUAUUGCUAAAUUAUUGUCCAGGAGGGGAGGCGCUGGGCCUGGCCCCCCGGGUAUUUAUUGCUGUACAUAGUGUAUGUUUGUGAUAUAUAAGGUUUUCUUUAUUUUGUAUAUGAUCAAUAAACGCCUUUUAAAGAGA